UAGUGCAUGCUCCUAAUUUAAACAUGAAAUUGAAAGUCUUUGUGUUAGAGUGUGUUGUUCUCCUCAUCCUUGUAUCCUCUCUUAUAGGAGAAUCGUGUGCUACUAAGGAUGUUCGUGUGAUGACAGAAAACGGUAACGGAGUUUAUAUCGUUUACCUGGGCGCUGUUGGGGCAGCAGCGACUUCGUUGAAUGACGCCGUUAAAAAAGAUCAGCAAGCAGCUCGCCUAUUCAGCUCCCUCCUUAAAGGGAAGACGAAUGCAUUGGUGCAUAGCUACACAAAUGGAUUCCUGGGAUUCGCAGCCCGGUUAACGGAGGACGAAGCCCAAUCCAUUGCUCGAGAGCCCGAGGUUGUGUCAGUUUUCCCUGACCCAAUCCUCCAACUCCACACCACCCGCUCAUGGGAUUUCUUGAAGUCCUCCGCUGAUCAUUCAUGGGAUAGGCCAUCAUCAUCAUCAUCAUCCACUGGAACCGACACCAUCAUAGGCAUCUUGGAUACAGGAAUAUGGCCUGAAUCGGCUAGUUUCAACGAUGACGGCAUGGGACCCAUCCCGGCCCGGUGGAAAGGAGCAUGCGAAGAUGGCAUCGAUUUCAAUUCUACCCUCUGCAACAGGUACCUAUCUAAAAAUAAAACAUGAAACUGCGCUUAAGUAUCAUCAAACUUAAAUGGAUCAUCACUAAUAACAUUUAUUUCCAUCAUCUCCGAUGGAGCCAAAAUUUCACCAUUUUUUGGCUUUGGGGUGUGAUGGAAUAAAUCAAAAUGGAUCUCUAAACUAUCUGCGCUUCUUUAAUUAAUGAAGUAGCAGUUAGUCAAGCAAUGCAACUUUCGACGUUGAGCCGGGGGUCUCUUUGGAAACAGCCUCUCUACUUUCAAGUAGGGGCAAGGUCUGCGUACACACACCCUCCCCAGACCCUACUCUUGUGGGAUUUAACUGGGUUGUUGUUG